AUGAGCGAUCCGAAUAGCGAUUGGGUACAACAAAAUCUCCAGAGACAGAGGAAAAUUCUCGAAGAGAAGCAGAGACAGAAACGGUUGGCGUCGACAGGCAUUCGGACAAGCAAUUUGCCAAGCUCGAUCGCUCGGCCAGUCACCGGAUCGAUGAGAGGCAUCACGAGCGCCUCAUCGAAUGACCCGACCGGUUGCUAUGAUGGGCCGUUGUCGUUCACACCAGACCCGGAUUCAACAGGACCAACUUUGAUCACCGUGAGAGGGAUGACACCGCCGCCGGAUCGAAAUGGGAUGACUGAAGACGAAUUGAUGAAAUCGAUCGGAAAUCGAAUGGGGAAUACAAGUUUGAACUCAUCGUCAGCCGGUCAACGAUCGACAGUGCCAAGUCCAGCAAAAACCGAUACCGGAUACGGGAGUCGACAAGAAUCUACACUUGGAGCCGAUGCAGCAGCUGUAGGCAGCGACGAAGAGGAGGCAAAUGUUGAACCGUGGAAGGAACGUGAGGAAUUAGAGGAGCACGUUUUACCGUCAAAUCUUCAACCAAACUACGAAGAGAUCACGAACGAUUUGGAUAAAUUUGUGAUGGCUCCAGCAAAGCGAAAUAUCACAUACAAGUGUUCAAUAACGAGAGAUAAAAAAGGGAUGGAUCGGGGAAUGUAUCCGACGUAUUAUCUACAUUUAGAGAAAGAAGAUCGACGAAAGAUCUUCCUUUUGGCUGCUCGAAAACGAAAAAAGAGUGCUACAGCUAAUUAUUUGAUCACAACUGAUGCUACGGAUUUGAGUAGAGAAGGAGAGGCGUUUGUUGGGAAAGUGAGAUCAAAUGCUUUGGGCACGAUGUUUACUUUGUAUGAUAAUGGACGAAAUCCGAAAAAGACACCUGGAUCGGAUGAUGUGAGAGAAGAGUUGGCAGCUGUCAUUUAUGAAACAAACGUCCUCGGCUUUAAAGGACCACGAAAAAUGACGAUCUUGAUUCCAGGGAUUUUCGAUGCCGAGAACUACAGAAGACGGCCGAUUCGACCAGUGACGGACAGGGACACGAUUUUCGAGCGCUACAAGCAGCGCCGAAUGGACGAGUUGGUGCUCAUGCACAACAAAGCGCCCGUUUGGAAUGACGAAACUCAAUCAUACGUAUUGAAUUUCCACGGUCGAGUCACGCAAGCAUCUGUGAAAAAUUUCCAAAUUGUCCACGAUGCGGAUCCCGACUACAUUGUCAUGCAAUUCGGCCGAGUUAACGACGAGCAAUUCACAAUGGAUUUCCGUUAUCCUCUCUCCGCUUUGCAAGCUUUUGGCAUAGCGAUGACGUCAUUUCACGGGAAAUUAGCCUGUGAA